AUGCCGGCUCUACCUAGCUCUCCGGACGACCACUACGACGCUGGUUCUCCCCUUGACGGCGGAGCCCCUCCUUCUGAUCUAGGAAACAGCGGCACGCACUACCAGCCUACUGGUCUUGAGAUCGGCAUCAUUACGGGUGUUUGUGGUCUUGUUCUGAUCAUUGUAGUUGGAGUCUUCGUCUGGCGAGCCCGAAAGAACCGCUUUGCUAAGGGCGCUAGCACUCUUCAUUCUGGACCCGACACUGCCCAUUCGGAGGGCUCCCCUCAGCCUCUCGACAACCACGAGGCUAACGAGCCUAUUCCCCCUCCUAAGGAUACCCCCUUUGGCGCGGUCAAGAGUGAAGAGCCGGCGUCUUUCGACCAACGUAUCCCCCAGCCGCCCAGCCGCAAUGAGGAGAUUCAGUGGAGCCAUUGGACCCCUAUCCGCCGAGAAGGAAACCACGGUCAUGUCGAGGAACACGAGAUAGCAACCCGUUUCUAA